AUGGCUCACACUGAGAUUGAAGAACUUGAUGUUUCGGAGGACGAUGAUCAGCAAUGUAAUGAAUAUAUAGAUUUUAAAAAUAAAUUAUACCAUGCUAAAGCAUUAUUAAUGCAGCUGAUAGAUGCUAACUCAAAUAAUCCAUCAAGUAGUCUUUACUAUAAGCUCACUAUAAGUGAGCUUACCAAAUACAAGACUGAAAAUAUAAUGAGGUUACCACCAGUGGAGAUUCCAAAAUUUGAUGGUGAUUGGCAAUGUUGGACAUCAUUUAUUGAUAGCUUUAAUAUUGUAUUCCAUAACCAUGAGAAUCUUGCUCCUGUUCAGAAAUUUCACUAUCUUAAAGGUUAUCUUGUGGGUCAGGCUAGUGAUGUUAUUUGGUCAAUUCCCACCACGGGUGAAAAUUAUUUACAAGCAUACAAUACAUUAAUGAACCGAUAUGAUAAUAAAAGUGUGAUCAUUCAAUCUCACAUCAGAUCACUAUUUGAUACACCUAAAGCCCUCAAACCUGCCUCACCAGCUUAUGCGUUUGAUAUUUUAAAAUCUAAGAAAAAAUUAUUAUCAUUACAACCUCCUUCUAUCAUUCGUAUCGGACCGUACACUACAUCAAAGAAAUUAUAUGAAAAAACUUCGUUGUGA